AUGCUCAGUCGCGGUUUGAUUUCUGUUGCCUUGAUACUGAAUGCGUAUACUGUUGGCGCGUUCCCAGCAUAUGGAUCUCUUGCUGGGCUUACUAGAGAACAACUGGAUACCAUCGUCCCUACUCUUACUUACCAACAGCCAGAAAACCCUCCUGGCCCAUUGGAAGAUACAUCUGCCAAACUAGUUAAUGAUGCUGCCCAUCCCUGGCAACCACUAGCACCAGCAGAUAUUCGGGGCCCUUGUCCAGGUCUCAACACUCUCGCAUCGCAUGGAUGGCUUCCCAGAAAUGGGAUUGCGACACCUGCUCAAAUUAUAAAUGCUGUUCAAGAAGGAUUUAAUAUGGAGAACAGCAUUGCCAUACUCGUCACCUAUGCUGCUUUCCUCGUCGAUGGAAAUGUCGUAACAAAUCUCCUGAGCAUAGGAGGAAAAACCUCUUUCACUGGCCCGAACCCACCAGCCCCCGCCACCGUGGGUGGACUUAACACACAUGCUGUUUUUGAAGGUGAUGCCAGCAUGACUCGUGCUGAUUUCUUCUUUGGGGACAACCAUGACUUCAACGAAACCCUGUUUGACCAGUUUGUCGAUUUCAGCAACCGUUUCGGUGCUGGAAAUUACAAUUUGACGGUAGCUGGAAAGCUCAGAGCUCAGCGCAUCCAGCAAUCUAUUGAAACCAAUCCCACAUUUUCCUUCGUUUCCCCUCGUUUCUUUACGGCUUUCGCGGAAUCAACCUUCCCCGUUAACUUCUUCGUUGACGGCCGACGAAAUGACGGCCAACUGGAUAUGACCACGGCGCGUGGUUUCUUCCAGAACUCCCAGAUGCCAGAUGGGUUCUUCCGACACAACGGAAGUGUGGGCGCUGAUGGAAUUGAUCAGGUUUUCCUUGCCUCUCCCAUCGCACCUGGAGCAAAUGUAAACGGUGUCAAUACAUACACUCCCGACCCAACUUCCGCCGAUUUCAACCACUUCUGUCUGCUUUACGUCAACUUCGUCAAUCAGACUAUCAAAGGCUUAUACCCUAAUCCAACUGGAGUAUUGCGCCAAGCUUUGAAUACGAACUUGAACUUCCUAUUCCAGGGUGUCGCAGGUUCCGGAUGCACUCAAGUAUUCCCUUACGGCAAAGACUAA